GGAGCAUACUGUCUGUCAUUUAUCCCUCUCUACUUGACGAAGGUAUGUCCUGCAUGUGCUUGUAGUUGUGCAGCCUUGCUGGAGUAGACUCCCUCUCUCCGACCAAGCAAAGAAACCGGUUGGUCACAGCAAACGGGGAAGAAACUCGAAAGGAAAGUCGUAUCUCGACCUUCAAUUCUAAAAUCGGAUGACAUUUUGGGUUCAGCAUGACCGCGUCCUCGCAACAAAAACACUUUCAAAGCCUUUGCGCUCAUUGCUAAAUCACUAGUAUUUUGACUACGCUGCUCGCUACCAGCAGUUUGAUAUGUUGUCGAGCGCUUUUCUCGCUCAGCUGUAAGCUUUCUCGCGCGCGCGGGCGUCACGAUCCAGGAACCGGACCGAUCGCCAGAACUGCUCGACUAGAUUUACGCUGCGAAGGCGUCCCUUUCCAUAUUUCACAGCUCUCGACGGCAAUGGCUCUAGUAGAUUACUCUGACUCGGAGCCAUCUGACGAUGCCUCGUCUUCUCCAAACUCUCGGCACACGACCACACUUAAGAGAAAACGCAGUGAUCAUUCUGCUGAGCCGGACCGCUCAGCAAUAGGGCCCAAGCUACCCCCUUUACCAGCCGAAUUUCAUGACCUUUACGCGUCGACAUCCAGAGUCAGUACACAAGAUGAUCCCAGCUUGCAUGGUGGUCGAAAGCGUGUGAUCCCUCAUGUGGAGGGAAAUUGGCCUACUCAUAUCUAUUUAGAGUGGCAUCCCACAUAUUCAGAAUUCGAGCAGCUUUCUUUGCUCUUGAAACUAGUGCAAAACAAGGCAUCUGCGACCGGAAGGAGCAUUCGAAGUCUUCUCUUGAGCGAUCUAGGUGCUCCGCUACCGCUUCACAUAAGUCUCUCUCGCCCGGUUGUUCUCAUCACUGAACAUCGUCAUUCUUUCGUCGAGAAAUUGGCCAAAGAUAUCGCCUCAUCUGGCACCCGCCCGUUUGACGUCGAGUUCACAGCUCUAGACUGGGUGGCUAAUUACGAAAACACUCGAUGGUUCCUUGUUUUAAGGCUCACUAGACCUUCUAACAAUGGGCUGAAUCGCUUGAUUCACAUCACAAACAAAACGCUGGCUUCAUUUGGCCAGCCCCCUCUCUAUUCUGAGUCAAAGCAAACGUCAAGAUUAGAAGUAACACGAGCUUCUGGGCCGGGGCGCGCCCAACGCGCAGAUCGAGGACGAAGAAAAGUUCCAAUUACAACAGAACCCAAACCAAACGAAGUAGAUUUUUCAACACAUUUUCAUAUUAGCCUUGGUUGGACUUUAGAAGCACCAUCCCCGGAGAUGAUCGAGCAACUUUGCGCAAAAGACAUAACUGCGGUACUCGACGAAUGGCGGGGAAAGGUGAAGGUCAAAUUCGACGUGGUGAAAGCAAAGAUUGGCAACACCGUCACCGCCAUUAACCUGCCAACCAAGGCAGGAGAGAGCGGCGGACUAAUUGGAUAUUAAAUCAAGCAAAUACAGCUCAUCUGCGUUUCGUCACAGCCCCGUGGCUAGGCAGAGAACGGUGGAGUUUUUUGCCAGUUGGGAGAAUUUCUUCGAUAUAAUCAGAUAUUUACAAGACGAAGAGCAAUUGGAGUCUCGUAAAGCUAAUAUGAGCCGUACCUUCGAUCCCUCUUGUUACGCCAAUGAGAUUCUAGAAGCC